AGUUUCCCAUUGGGCUCCACGCAGGCCCCCACAGCACAUCGUAUUAGAAGUAGUGCACUUCACUGGCUUUUAGUGUGUGCUCCACUAUGGACCGUAGAAGGGAUGCCCGGCACUGCAGGAAUACCUUCAUGCUCCGGAAUGACAGAUGACAGAAGCACUAUGUUGUACAUCCUGGAAGAACCUCAGAUGCGCGGAGAAGGCGAGAGGCUUCAAACGUUCCAGACCUGGCCAACAGAUGCUCCUGUCACAUCUGGAGACCUCGCCAAGGCGGGAUUCUUCUUUUUAGGCCAAGGAGACAAAGUCCAGUGUUUCUGCUGCGGUGGGGUUUUAAGAUGUUGGGUACACGGAGACAGUCCCACGGCCGAGCACAAGAGACAUUUCCCCACCUGCAGCUUCAUACUGGGACGAGCUGUGGGGAACAUUCCGCUGCGAGCUGGCUCCUCUGACUCUGUGGACGGGCAACUUUUGAGCCAACUCCAGAGGAUGACUAUGGACGACCAGGGGACGGCAGGACAGGCGGUCUACCCCGAGAUGGAAGCAGAGGAUUCCCGGCUCACAACCUUCCACAACUGGCCCACAGAGGCUUCAGUCCAGCCGGAUCUUCUUGCCAGGGCUGGAUUUUUCUACACAGGUCACGGCGACAACGUCAAGUGCUUCUACUGCGAUGGAGGACUGAGGAACUGGGAGCUGGGAGACGACCCUUGGCAGGAGCACGCCAAGUGGUUCCCACGUUGUGAGUUUUUAAUUCAGUCAAGAGGGCAGGAAUAUAUCAGAAACAUCCAGGAUGCUCAUUUCCAUCUGGGUGAGACUGUGCCUGUGGGUGGCUCACAAAUGUCCACAGGCAGAGAAAUUGGCUCCAGAAAUGAUGUGGUUGGCAGUUUGUCAGCGUCGUCAGCUAUGCUCUCCCCCGUGGUGCAGACGGUGCUCCAGAUGGGUUUUGAAGCCAGCCUGGUAGAGAGUCUAGUCCAGACCAAGUACCUUUUGACAGGCCAACACUACUCUCACGUCUCUGACCUGGUCAGCGAUGUGCUGCAGGCGGAGGAGGAGGACAGGCAGAGAAGACCACAAAGUAGAGAGCACGAUGACGGACAAGGCCCUGGUGCUGGAAUUGUGAGGACCCUAACCCCCCUGAGAGACAAAGCUCCGACUGGGAGGGAGCCCAGCCCAGAGGAGCUCCUGAGGCAGCUGCAGGAGGAGAGGACGUGCAAAGUGUGCAUGGACAAGCUGGUGUCCAUCGUCUUCAUCCCCUGUGGUCACCUGGUGGUGUGUGGCGACUGUGCUGCCAGCCUGCGCCACUGUCCCAUCUGCAGGGCUGUCAUCAGAGGCAGCGUCCGUGCCUUCAUGUCCUGAGAGUGCGGCACGAGAGACUUUGACUUUUCCUCUUGAGGUUUUCCUUUGCAGGUUGCUUAUUGAAUAUUAUCAACACUAAACAUUUCAACGGUUUGCACGGUGAUUGUUAAUGCAGAUUUUUUAUUUUUACACCGAUUUCUACUAAAAGACAGGAGAGCACUGAAAGAGAACUAUGGUUUAUUAAGCACAGCUCCGGAGAAGGAAUACAGUCAGAUCACAUUAGGUAUAAGGAACACUGGGCACAAAAUGGAGGUGAAAAUAGAAAACACUUUUUAUACAAAGAGAGAGAAAUAUCUACAUACAUGUGCCAUGGUUUUCAGUGGCCACCAGCACACAGGACAGUUUUAAACUACAGCAAUUUGUCACAAUUUGGGACGCUACAUUAUAACAAGAUGUAAAACCAUGUACUGUAUUUGGUAACACUUUAGUAUGGGGAACACAUAUUCACCACUAAUUAGUUGCUUAUUAACAUGCAAAUUAAUAACAUAUUGGCUCUUAAUUAGUCAUUAUUAAGUACUUAUUAAUGCCUUAUUCCGCAUGGCUUUAUUAUAUAACCAGUAAGCCAUUAACUAAGAGCCUUCCCUCAAUAACCUCAGAAUUAUUGCUUAUUAGUAACCCUAACCGUAACCCUAAACUCUAUAUGAUCCCCUAGAGUCCAAAUAACUCUAAAUUAAGUCUGUGUUACUUUAAUAAGCAACUAAUUAAUGAUGAAUAGGU